AUGAUACCGUUUAAAAACCCUAAGCUUCAGCACCAUUUCUUUAUAGGGGAACAGGGAAAACCUGGCACCAACAAGCCAUUUCCAGGCCCUCCAGGUCCUAAGGGGGAUCAAGGACCUGUUGGAAAGACUGGAGCCAAAGGACUUCAAGGACCUAAAGGGCAAAGGGGACAGGACGGGUCUGGCAGUUCAGGGGUGAAGUAUAAGCGCUGGGGAAGGACCACAUGUCCUAGCGGGGCACAGAUAGUCUAUAAAGGUAAACAAACAAAAAAACGCACUGAGUGCUAAGGACAUAACCUUGAAAAUUUGAAAGCGAUACCCGUAAACAAGUUCCUAUUCCCAAUAAUUCAAGCAUCUGGUGAUAGAUCAAUGUGUGAUGCUGAUACCUAAGCUGCAGAUAAGAGCACUGGAACAUUUUUCUCAAAAACCUUUAUAACAAAAAUUGUUGCAUGAGGUUUUUGUGAUAGUGUAAUCUCCGGAAUCAGUGAUCCAGGUCGAGGUGAAAAAAAAAAACCAAACAAACAAAAUUACAAACACAUCGUCGAACGGAACACAGUUUAACAUCGCUCUUGGAACUCAUACAUUACUAUCAGAUAACUAAUUAAUCUGUCGUUUGCGCGGAUUUCCAAAAUCUACUGUAGGCCCUUAGCUAGUGAAAGACAGAUAGCGAGUACAAGGCAUAAUAAUGUGACUAAAUGAUCUUACUUGAUUAUUCUCCGUUUGCUUCAUACAGGUAUAAUGGGUGGAGAGCAUUACAAUCACUAUGGAGGUGGUGCAAACUACCUUUGCCUUCCACAUAAUCCAAAGUAUGACAGAUACAAAAAUGGCGUCCAGGGUGGGGGAUAUAUGUACGGCACUGAAUAUGAAGUAAGUUCGCUCGUUGGCACUGUUUUCAAAAGAAAUAUCCACAAUCAUGAAGCUCCCUGUGUUGUCUGCUUUGUCAAGUCACGUGGCUCAAUGCUAAUGAUGCCCGCCAGGAAUGACUGUCCGUCUGGAUGGACCGAAGAGUAUCAUGGGUACCUGAUGACUGAAGACCGCAGUCACAGGCAUUCAAGAGAUUUCAUCUGCCUUGACAGGGACCCAGAAUAUGUUCCUGGAAGCCAAGCAAACAGAAAUGGUGCUUUGCUGUACCCUGUGGAGGGUAGAUGCGGCUCGCUACCGUGUCUUCCUUAUGUUGAAGGUCGAGAGUUGACAUGCGCUGUGUGCACCAAGUGA